GCGCAGGCCCCGGAUAUUUGUGUCAGCCCUGCCGCCACGGUCUCAGCUGAUGGGUCGGGAUACACGCUCGCGCUCGCGGUCGGCUGGUCGCAGGGGCCGCAGGCAACGGAGCGGUAGUCGGAGUCGAAGUCGGAGCGGGAGCCAUGGGCGGCGAAACCGCCGGCGCCGGGACGACGAAGUACGGCGCAGGCGGAGGCGGCAGAGCCGGGAGCGCAGGUCAGAUUCGGAGGAAGAAAGGUGGCAGCGGCGAAGGAGGCAGAGCCCGAGCCCGCUGCCACCACGCUGGCGCUCACAGGACCAGUCCUCUCAGUCCGACUCGGAGGAGGAGCGGCAGCGGGGCCGAUGGGCCCGCCGGCAGCGGACACGCUCUUGGUCCCCGGGCUCCUCGGCUUCCAGCUCUGCCUCCCCAGACCGCUCCCAGAGCCCUCGGGAGGCGGCGGCAGCCCUGAGCCAACAGCAGAGCUUGCAGGAGCGGCUGCGGCUGCGGGAGGAGCGGAAGCAGCAGGAGGAGCUGAUGAAGGCCUUCGAGACCCCCGAGGAGAAGCGGGCCCGGCGGCUGGCCAAGAAGGAGGCCAAGGAGCGGAAGAAGCGGGAGAAGAUGGGCUGGGGGGAGGAGUACAUGGGCUACACCAACACCGACAACCCCUUCGGGGACAACAACCUCCUGGGCACCUUCAUCUGGAACAAGGCCCUGGAAAAGAAGGGGAUCAGCCACCUGGAGGAGAAGGAGCUGAAGGAGCGGAACAAGAGAAUCCAAGAGGACAAUCGCCUGGAGCUGCAGAAGGUGAAGCAGCUGCGGCUGGAGCGGGAGCGGGAGAAAGCCAUGCGGGAGCAGGAGCUGGAGAUGCUGCAGCGGGAGAAGGAGGCGGAGCACUUCAAGACAUGGGAGGAACAGGAGGACAACUUCCACCUGCAGCAGGCCAAGCUGCGCUCCAAGAUCCGCAUCCGGGACGGGCGAGCCAAGCCCAUCGACCUGCUGGCCAAGUACAUCAGCGCUGAGGACGAUGACCUGGCCGUCGAGAUGCACGAACCGUAUACCUUCCUCAACGGCCUCACUGUAGCUGACAUGGAGGACCUGCUGGAGGACAUCCAGGUAUACAUGGAGCUGGAGCAGGGAAAGAACGCGGACUUCUGGCGGGACAUGACCACCAUCACGGAGGAUGAGAUCGCCAAGCUCCGCAAGCUGGAGGCCUCGGGCAAGGGCCCAGGUGAGCGGCGAGAGGGGGUCAACGCCUCAGUCAGCUCUGACGUGCAGUCGGUCUUCAAGGGCAAGACGUACAGCCAGCUGCAGGUCAUCUUCCAGGGCAUCGAGGGCAAAAUCCGGGCUGGGGGCCCCAACCUGGACAUGGGCUACUGGGAGAGCCUCCUGCAGCAGCUCCGCGCCCACAUGGCACGCGCCAGGCUCCGGGAGCGUCACCAGGACGUGCUGCGGCAGAAGCUGUACAAGCUGAAGCAGGAGCAGGGCGUGGAGAGUGAGCCUCUGUUUCCCAUCCUCAAGCAGGAGCCCCCAUCCCCUGGCCACAGCCUGGAACCCGAGGACCCAGUGCCCACCCCACCCGGGCCCUCGUCGGAGGGCGGCUCCGGGGAGCCUGAGGCAGAAGGGGCGGCGCCCGCGGAGGGCGAGGCGGACGGGGAGGCCGUGCUCAUGGAGGAGGACCUGAUCCAGCAGAGCCUGGACGACUAUGACGCCGGCAAGUACAGCCCCCGGCUGCUCACGGCGCACGAGCUGCCGCUGGACGCCCACGUGCUGGAGCCCGAUGAGGACCUGCAGCGCCUGCAGCUGUCGCGGCAGCAGCUCCAGGUCACAGGUGACGCCAGCGAGAGCGCGGAGGACAUCUUCUUCCGGCGGGCCAAGGAGGGCAUGGGCCAGGAUGAGGCACAGUUCAGCGUGGAGAUGCCACUGACGGGCAAGGCCUACCUGUGGGCCGACAAGUACCGGCCGCGCAAGCCGCGCUUCUUCAACCGCGUGCACACGGGCUUCGAGUGGAACAAGUAUAACCAGACGCACUACGACUUUGACAACCCGCCGCCUAAGAUCGUGCAGGGCUACAAGUUCAACAUCUUCUACCCCGACCUCAUCGACAAGCGCUCCACGCCCGAGUACUUCCUGGAGGCGUGCGCUGACAACAAGGACUUCGCCACCCUGCGCUUCCACGCCGGGCCGCCCUACGAGGACAUUGCCUUCAAGAUCGUCAACCGCGAGUGGGAGUACUCGCACCGCCACGGCUUCCGCUGCCAGUUUGCCAACGGCAUCUUCCAGCUCUGGUUCCACUUCAAGCGCUACCGCUACCGCCGGUGACGGCCGGGCCCUGCCCCCCCCCGGGGCCACCUGCCCCCCCCCCCCCCUGCGGUGGCCUCCCCUGGCCUUCCCCUCGCCCGGACCCACUUUCCCUGUUGGGAACUGGGGGGAGGGGGGUCACUGGGGAACCUGCCCCGUAGCGCUGACGGGACGGCGUGCCAGGCUUUUGAGGCGCAGGGACCCGAGUCCAGGGCAGCUGCAGGACCCCCACCGCUGGCCCUUGCCCAGGCUGGCCUGGUGCUGUGGGUCAGCCUCUGCCCGCCGGGUGGGCAUGGAAGACCCCUCUGCCAUCGGGUCCAGCAGCCGGAGGCCACAGAGACGUUCACAGGCACCCCCACCUGACCCGGGUGCCCCCGCAUGUUGGGACAGCUGCAUUCCUGGAGACCGCCUCCCAGCCAGCCCGGAGCUGCCCUUGCGUCCCUGUGUGUGGCCGAGCUUGGCUGCGGGGCUGACAGGUGCGGCCACCACCCACUCACACGCUGCCCCAGAAACGUUGCUUCCGACACCUUGUUCCAGACACGUUUCCAGCCUGAAGGGGGAUGACCCCCGGCGCCGGCUUCUCCCGACGGCCGUACGCACGCUCCCUGUUCCGUCUGGAAGCGUUUUAGGUUGUUUCUCUAAAAUGACUUUUUUUUAGGUGGGGUGAAAUAUCUUAUUUUCGUUUAAUUGGUCUACUCAUGAAGUUGCAUUUUUUUUAA